AUGCUGUCCACUGAGCAAGAGUUGAAAGUCUCUCGGAUGACAAAGCGGUCACAAAACAAAAAGCUCUUUGGUCGGGACAAUUAUCGAUUGAGAGAAUUUGUUCUGCAGCCAUAUUGUGUCCGUUACUUUGAAGUCAGCGGAGGCAAUCGCGGGAAAGAGAAAGGCCAGCUCUUACUGAGUCAUGUUAAAUUUAUCGAGAAAGUGGAUGACAACGAGCUAGACAAUAAGAAAAACGUGUUCCAGGUGGCGUAUGCUGAAGAUACCCUAUCCACUGCUUGGUAUCUUUUAUAUAUCGUGGCAAAUUCGGCUAAUGAACGUGACGAUUGGAUUAGUCUGGUUCGUUUUUAUACUCGUGAAAGGGGUGCAACCUUCGUUCCGCGCUACCAUCCGGGCAUCUGGAAGCGCCCUGGUCGAUACACUUGUUGUGAUGACAUCAAUCGGCGGUCCAUGGGCUGCCAGCGUACAAAUGAACCUGGACCACCAGUUGUUGUUGAGCAGUUAUGGCGUGCUGUCUCCGGCACGGAUAUUGUCUGCACCAAUUCACAGUCGUUUUCCACUGUUACUUCGCUCCCAGUCAACACAGCAAGCACCGGUGCGCAAUCAACCGCGUCUGUGGCUCUCGCUUUGGCGAGCAACUCGGACGUUACUUCCCUCUCACCGAUCGUGACCCCUGUACAACCGGUUGUCCUGAAUCAGAACACUUCGCCCAUUCCAUUCUCUUUGGUCCAUUCUACAAACGUUCCCACCCCAAACUCAACUUUGGUCGCACCAAUGCCUAGUAUUAUCUUGUCUACCCCCGUGAUUAUGUCCACGACAACCAGCCCGUCCGCGUUGCUGCAACUGCAACAAAAGCCGCCUCAACUCACAAUACCAGGUGGGGCUGGUGUCAGUCCAUUUCCUCAGUCCAAUAGUGGAGUUAGACGUUCUGGACACGAUCAGACUAGGACCCAGGUUGUACGGCAUACUCAUCAAACGCUGUUCGACAUGGAUGAUAGCGAGAACACGGUGAUAGCCGUUCACAACUACAACCCCGUGAGGGAGAAUCAGCUGCCUUUGCAAAAAGGGGAAAAGUACUAUGUGGUCAACCGGAGCAACGCCCAGUGGUGGUAUGUCCGCAACAUGAUCACAGGGCAACUGGGUUAUGUGCCCACGAACUACGUGCACAAGCCUAAUAGUUUGAAUUCCUUUGAUUGGUACUACAAAGACAUCACACGCCAACAAGCGGAGGCAAUCCUUUUGGAUGAGGGUCGCGAAGGAUGUUUUUUGGUCCGGGACUCUGUGAGUAAGAAGAACACCUACACUCUUUCGGUCACUUCGAAAGAUCCUGAAGUCCCGGGCAAACUCAAGGUGCACCAUUAUCACAUUCAUCGAACGGAUAGUAGCCUUGUGUCCAAUGGCCAUAGUGCCAACGGGAUAGGGCAACUUAACGGAACCCCACCAAAUAAUACUGGGAAUGUCAUCAGUAACCGUGGCACUGGUGGUUCGGGUGGAACAGAGGCUCAAUAUUACUUGUCUGAGAAACAUGCCUUCCCCACUAUCAGCGAUGUGAUACACUACCAUAAACAUAAUUCCGGGGGCUUAGUUGUCCGAUUGCGCUCCCCGCCCACAAAAGAUCGCGAGAGUCCGGUCACCGCGGGUAUGGGUCUGGACGAAUUCGAGUUGGAUCCGGCUGAGUUGCAACUAGAAAUGAACCCUAUCGGGAAGGGACAAUUUGGGGUUGUAAAGCGGGGCAAAUUCCGAAAUAUCCCCGUGGCUGUCAAGCAAAUGGUUGAAGGUGCCAUGAAUGAGGACGAUUUCAUCGAAGAAGCCAAAAAUAUGCGCUUUCUCAACCACCCCAACCUUGUACAAUUGUUCGGCGUUGUCUUGAAGAAACGACCUAUUAUGAUUAUUACAGAGUACAUGAAACAUGGUUCCUUGCGCGAUUUCAUGCGACAGCGUCAGUCCCUGUUCUGCAAUCGACCAGUUGUGUUGGCCGAUAUAUGUGCUCAAGUUGCCAACGGCAUGGCCUAUUUAGAACAAGAACAAUUCGUUCAUCGCGAUUUGGCUGCGCGUAACUGCCUUGUGAAGUCUGUCAGUCGCAAUUCUGUGCACGUGAAAGUGGCCGACUUUGGAAUGGCCCGUUUCUUGUUAGACAAUGUGUACGAACCCAGUGCAGGCACAAAGUUUCCCGUCCGUUGGGCACCGCCGGAAGUCUUCCAGUCCACUUACACCGCCAAAGCGGAUGUCUGGAGCUUUGGUGUCCUCAUGUGGGAAAUUUUCACUUGUUGCGCCGAAAAUCCGUAUCAAGGUAAAAACAACACAGAGGUUUAUCAGCACAUCAUCGCCGGUGGUCGUCUGCAAAAACCUGCUGUCUGUCCCCAGCAUCUUUACGUUCUCAUGUUGGAGUGCUGGCAACAUGAUCCAAGUCGAAGACCAGCUUUUGAGUACAUUUGCCAAAAAAUCGGCGCAUAUCUCGAUCAAAAUUGUGAAAAUUGA